AAGAAUAGACACCGGACUUCUGUAUAUGUACAGUCACUUUUUCUCUCUCUAAAGCCGGCCGGUCUCGGCGCUCUACGCAAUCUCUUUCUCUCUCCUCCGCUUGCUUCAAAGUCUGAGUUUUCCUCUCUUCGUUGCUAAUCCCUAUAUUUUGAAUUUUGAUCUUUCAAUGAUGUCCGGGGCCGCUUGCGCUCACCUCGACUAUUCCACCGGUACUGGGUAAUUCUGUCCAUCAAGGCUUAGGUAGAUGGUGUAUAUGCACACAUAUAGUGCCGCAAGCGGAAGAGCUUAACUUUAGCAGAUGAUUGCUCUCGUCUAUGAAUUCUAAAGAGUUUUCAUGUGCUGUUUGAAGUUGCCUAUGGUUGAGAGAAGAUAGAGCUGAUAUUUGUUUGGGGUUCAUAAAAUGGAUUUUCAGAAUAAUCCACAGGGUGAAUAUGGAAGGUUUGAACAAAUACUUGCUCAAUUUCUUCUUAAAACCUUGCAUAUUGUUUUGGACUGUAGAGUUCCUUCGAUCCGACCUUAUGGUCGUAGUGGAGAGGUGAAAAAGAGCGACAAGUGGUUCAAUUUGGUGUUGGGAGAUCGCCCUGCUGUUCUUGAAAAUUUAAAUUUUUGGCACAGAAAUUUGAUGGAACCAAUGAUAAUAGACAUAAUACUUAUUCAAGAGAAACGUAGUUCUUUGUCAGAGCAUAGUUCAGGUACAGCAUUCGCAGGGGCGUAUACAGAAACCAUCAUAGAGAGGUGGGUUGUACAAUAUGAGUAUCUGAGGACUAUGGUUCCUCAAGUUGGUGAAUCUUCUUACAAGAAAACAUACAAGAAAUCAAUUAUACUGCUCCGCUCCCUUUAUUCAAUGAUGAGGCUCCUUCCUGCAUUCAAGGCCUUCAGGAAACUUUCAUCAACUCAGAGUUGUGACUUUGAUAUCAUUUACAAGGUCUCUUCAUUUAGUGCUCCAUUCUCCAGGGCAGAGGAGGAAUUGAUGAAGCAUUAUACUUUUACUCCAGUUGAUGCCCAGCAGGGCCGUUUUUCUAUAUCUGUGUCAUAUCGGGAAAAUCUGUCAGACUUUAACCUGGAGAUUGCAGCAUCCUUUCCGCCUGAGAUCAUCACAGAUUAUGUAGGCAGUCCUCUUACUGACCCAAUGAGGUCAUUUCCUUCUUCCUCAUCUGAUAAGGAUGUCCGCCCUACAUCAUUUCCGUCAAGAGGGGCACAAUCAUCUUCUUCAUCACCUUUCCAGCGGCCGCACAGUUGGACAAGUGGUUUCCUCAUGUCACCUUCUUUACCUCGGACCCAGCCAUAUGUAGGAUCUCCACCUUUGUACCGCACACCACAUGAGCUUUCAUCUUCGCCUGGUGAUGUAUAUGGGCAGAGGGUUUCACCUAACAACAGAUUGCCUAUACACCACAAAGCGACGAGCUUUGAUGAGUACCAGCUGUCACCUCCAUUUUCACCAUCUCCAUCCCCAUCUCCACCCACAUAUUUGUCAGGAGCAAAUCCUGGGCAGAUUCGUUUGCGUUCAGGAACUGGCCCUGUCAGUAUCCCUCAUCCAAUGAUGGGUACAAGUUCCAGAUACCUAUCUCCUAAUUUGUCUGAUCCUAACAGGCAUUCUCUCCCUCCAAUGUCUCCCAGAAGCACAAAGCAGGAUUCAUCAUCCAAUGAUUCCCCUUCUGGAAUCAGGUCAUUCCGGAAAAUGGAUCCACUAAGGACUCUAGAGUCUAAUAUCAGCACUAUGAGUCCUGGACAAAAGAUUUCGAGAGAUGCUAGAGAUGAUUCGGGGCGGUUCUCGGGUUUGCUAUCUUCAAGUGGUUCGCCACGUAUAUUUUCUAGAAGUUCUAGCAGACUGUCUUUUCAAGAUGACUUGGAUGUCUUUGAUUUUUCCUGUCCUUUUAUUGUUGAUGAUGUCGAUACUUCCGAUUCGCAAGUCAGUGAGAACCUUGAUGGGAGAAAAGGUUCAGAAGUCUCUUCUCAAACAUCUGCAACAACCAGAAAAUCCCAAGAUGCCGCUGUAGGUGCCCUUGUUCACAUGUUGAGAACUGCUCCUCCUUUGCGCCAAGAUUCCAGCUGUUAUACCUCACAUAGCGUAAAGACUGAUCUGGAGGGAGAACUUGGUACUGCAUCUGGAUUUUUCAUCAAUAGAAAGGCAUCAGAUGCUCUUGAGGAGCUCAAAACUUACAAAGAUUUGAAAGAUUUACUACUGUCCAAGAGUGCAACCCGUUCGGUCAGUGAGGGUGGAACUUAACCUGACGUAUCCCACGCACGAAAGUUAGCUCACAAUGGAUGAAGAUAGUUGAUAUUUGCCCCUUGUGUUCAUGAACAAACUUUUCUAUGGGAAACUCCAUUGUCUCAGUAGUUUGGAGGGCUAACAGAUUCUGUACAUAAGGUGGUGAUGAUUAGCAAACAUAGUUGAAACAGUUGACUGAUUUUGACCCACAUUUUAAGAACAUUGAUGGAUGUGAAAUAUCAAAAAAGAAAAAAAAAGAACAUUGUUGGAUGUGAAAAACAAAAAGAGAAAAAAGAGAAAAAAAAAUUGGUUCUUCUAAAAGCAUUUGUUCAACAGGUUCGCUUUUUAUUUUUUAUUUAUUAUUUGUCAAUUAUAAGUCCACGUGUAAAAGAACAUUAUAUUUUUCUGUGUGUUAUAGCUUUUUUUCAAGUCGA